AUGAAAAGAAAAAGGCAGGAAGGGAGAGCGUCCCAACCGGAGAAAAAACAGAAAAUUUUGGAGGAACCUAUUCAUGGUCCUCGACCUAUCGUUAAUCAGUUCCUUUGUUUUGCGGAAAAAUGUUUACCCUGUAAGGUGUUGUUGGAUACUGGUGCAACUGGUCCUGUUUUGUCUGCUGUUUUUGUUGAUAGUUUUGAGGUCCCGAAGGUGAAACGAGACGUCCCGGCCUGGGUAUUUGGAUUUACGGGAGAAGUUAUGAAGGGCACGGGACACGCCUUUACACAACCAUUAAUUAUAAUGUCAAGGGGGCAUCAAACACAGUUGUCAUUCGAGAUCGCCCCUCUCCCACUUGGCAUCGAUGCAAUAUUACCGAACUGGUGGUUGAAAGAACACAAGCCGGUUAUAGGGGCAAAUAGGGAAGUUUCCUACGAUGGUGAGAACUGCAAGAGUCGAUGCUUCACUGACAAGGAACCUCAAAUAGAAAUGGACGAGGGUGUACUGGACGAUCCGGAGGCCCAAUUCAUCGGUAGCAUUUGUCUAUUGGAAGAUGAAUCGGUCAACCUCCACGAAACUCUUCCCUUUUGGCUCCAUGGGUUCCUUAAAGUCUUCCUACCAUCGGAAGCCGACAAACUACCACCGCAUCGAUCUUACGACCAUGCGAUAGAUCUCGAACCAGGGAAGCAGCCACCAUGGGGACCCGUCUACUCCCUAUCCGAAGCUGAGCUGAAGGUGCUUCGGGAGUACCUGGAUAAAAUGUUACGAUUGGGAAAGAUUAGGCCAAGCAAAUCCCCGGCAGGAGCCCCAAUCCUAUUUGUGAAGAAGAAGGACGGUAGUCUGCGACUUUGCGUUGACUACCGUGGACUUAACCGUGUGUCCAUCAAGAACAGGUAUCCGUUACCGCUUAUGGACGAGCUGCGAGAUCGAGUGGCAGGCGCGGUUAUCUUCUCGAAGAUUGACCUGAAGGAAGGUUACAACCUUAUCAGGAUCAAAGACGGCGACGAGUGGAAGACAGCCUUUCGUACGCGGUACGGGCAUUUUGAGUACCUCGUCAUGCCUUUUGGGCUGGCAAAUGCGCCGGCGACCUUCCAGAACAUGAUGAAUGAUGCGCUGAGGGAAUUUCUGGAUCAAGGGGUAGUAGUAUACCUUGAUGAUAUCCUAAUAUAUAGCAAGUCUCGAGAGGAACACAGGGAGCUGGUUGGCAAAGUACUUAGCAGGCUACAAGAAUACAACCUGGUCGCCAACCCGAAGAAAUCAUUCUUCGAGCUCACCGAAAUCGAGUUCCUCGGAUACAUCCUUGCCCCAGCAGGCGUCACCAUGGCACUGGAUAAGGUCAUGUCUGUUACGAAUUGGCAAGCCCCGCGGAGUGUUAAAGAAGUACAGAUCUUCAUGGGCUUUGCCAACUUCUACAGAAGGUUUAUCCACAAUUUCUCCGGGGUCUGUAAACCCAUUACCGAUUGUCUCAGGGGUGAUGCUAAGAACUUUGUCUGGUCUAUGACGGCUCAAGCAGCCUUCGAAAAACUCAAAACCCUGUUUACGUGUUACGGGCAUGCCAAGCAUUUACGGGAGUAA